ACAAAUUUUGUUCAUUUUCCAUUUCGGCUACUCCGAGGAUCGCACCUCAAGAAACAUAUCGUUUUGACUGCAUUACAUGCAUGGCAAAAUUCCGAUGCAAAUACGGGCGAUGAAGGAGAUAAUACUCCGACAUACGUAAUAGAUUCUCCUACUAUACAGAUAGAGGAAGAUGAUACCAUAAGCCUUUCCGUUCUGAGUACGCCUACUCCAAAAACUUACGCAUCCGAAAAAAUACCAAUGCCUACUCUAACAUUGGAUACGUCUCCUCACGAUUCAAAUAUUCGAUCUUAUGAGUUUGGAGACGAUGGUAAAGAAACAAAACGAGCUAUGGUAGCAAUGACCGAACAGCUCAAAGAAUUGCAACAAACAAUUACCUCUGUCGGUAAUAUUCAAGUCCUAAUGACUGGAGAAUUCCAGUUGAUAAUUAGGGACAUACUAGAAGAAAUUUCAAUGCAGGAGAUAAAAGUCUCAAUGAUAGAAACUUUAAUAAUCAAAGAGUCCCGCCAAGAAUGA